AUGGACCUGAGGCGGUCCGAUGGUCGAUCCGGGGAGGGCUCACGUGACGGCGCAUCUCGUGAUCGCGAUAUUCCGAAGCUCUCGAAGCUCAGCUUUCUUAUGGACUUCGCUUCGGACGUGGGUGUCCGCCAUUCUGUCGUUCUCUCUAGCCUUGAUAUCCGCCAUUCGGUCGACAUCUCCCCCGCCGCGCUCUCCAUCGCCAGAGAGAUCCGGUUCUGCGUGAUCGCCAUUGUGGUUGGGUGGACUACUACUCGAGUUGUCUCCGCGCUGUUGGACCGUCGGCCAUCAUCGGAUUCGUGA